AUGAUGGAGAGCUGAUUGAACAUCAAGUUUGGCACUCUGAUUAUAAUCGCUAGCGUGUUACUCAUCUAUUAGCCUGCGGUGCUUUGAAAUGCGCGAAGAGCCGCAUAGAAGCCUGCGGAGAUGCUCGAAGUCCGCUUCAGUUCAUCGAUCCAUAAACACAGGCCGUGUAUUCUACAGGUAUAUAAAGAGGCUCAAUACACCUCGAAAUGCCAAAUGAUCAAUCAACACCUCUUCUACUCCAAGUUUCUUACAUCUAACAAACAUCAAUUACAUUCUGUGCCCCCGCACCAUUUACGCGAAUGGCUUCAUAUCUCGUUACCGGUGUUUCUCGCGGCCUCGGAUUCGAGUUUCUCAAGCAACUCUCCAACAACUCGGACAACACAGUCUUUGGUUUGGUCCGAGACAAGGCUGCCACGGACAAGAAAGUGAAGUCGGAGUUGGGCGAACGGGCAAACGUCCACAUCCUAGCGGCCGACAUUACCAACUAUGAUGCGGUCAAGAAAUCGGCCGACCAUGUCGCCAAGGUGACCGGCGGGAAGCUCGACUACCUCAUAGCGAACGCUGCCUAUCAGUCUGAAGUCCGCGCUUCUGCCGGAAUUGGUGACUUUACCGACCAGCCAGAAUUGCUAGAGAAGGACUUGCUCGAUUCCUUCAACAUCAAUGUCGUCGGCAACAUCCAUCUCAUCAACCUCUACUUGCCGCUUAUCCUAAAAGGUACAACUAAGAAAGUCAUCGCCAUCUCGACUGGCAUGGCAGAUAUUGACUUCAUCGCCAAGUUUGGUGUCACUAUUGGUUCCCCGUAUGCCAUUAGCAAGGCGGCGAUGAACGCUGCUGUGGCUAAGUUUAGCGCUCAGUACGCUGGGCAGGGAGUCUUGUUCCUGAACAUCUCCCCUGGCCUGGUAAAUACCCGCCCUUUUGACAAUCCUACCGAGGAGCAGAAACAGGGCGCGGCGAUCAUGUUGGCCAGGUUCAGGGAUUAUGCACCUCACUUCACGGGGCCCAUCACGCCUACAGAGUCAGUGAACCAUGUAAUGUCCGUGAUCAACAAGGCGAGUGUCGAAAAUGGCGACGGAGGCUCGUUUGUAUCUCAUUUUGGCAACAAACAGUGGCUCUAAAGAAAGGCCGACGCCACCGAGAUGUGCUAGUGGAUUACAUAGAGGAUUAUCAAGGAGAUAGUCAUGUGGGAGCUGUGUUAGGAUAGCAGAGAGGAGAGUUGAUAUCUCGCACACAGAGGCGCUGGGAGAUAUCUUCCAUUUCUCUCUCUUCAGUUUAGAUCAAUG